AUGACUAGAACAGCACACACUGUGGAUCUCUAUGAGAUCCUGUCUCUGCCAUUUACGGGGUCUUCGUCGACAGUCCUCUCCAAGCAACAGAUUAAGAUUGCAUACCAUAAAGCAUUGCUGAAACACCACCCUGACAAGGCAGGUGCUGUCGCAAGGGAGACCGGACUAGGCAGCUCGACUAACUCUACAUCCCUAUCUACUCCAAAUCCUCUCUUUGCUGGAUCCGAUGGCAACACGUCGCGACAACCGUAUACCAUCGACCAGAUCACCACUGCCUACAAAACCCUAUCGGACCCCGCCCUCCGCGCGGAAUAUAAUCGCUCUCUGCGCCUGGACAGGCUGAAGGUCGCGGGACGGGAGAAGACCAGCGACGUGUUCCAUACCGGUUUGGAAAUUGUGGAUUUGGAAGAUCUCGCCUGCGAGGAGGUGGAAGACGGCGAUGGCGACUGCUGGUAUCGCGGAUGUCGGUGCGGUGAUGAGCGCGGGUUUUUGGUUAACGAGGAGGAUUUGGAGAGGGAGGCUGAGCAUGGCGAGAUCAUUAUCGGGUGCCGCGGGUGCAGUCUCUGGUUGAAGAUUCUGUUCGCCGUUGAGGCAGAUGAAGGAUGA